CUCAAACUAUAUCUUGCAGCUAUAUAUAUACAUAUAAUAUAUCUAGCUGUUUUGCCUUUAACAUCCAAUAAAAUAAAACUAAUCACUCUUCUUUUGCGUUUAAAGACGAAGAGAAAAUGGGAGCAGGUGGAAGGAUGAAGGAUGGCAACAGUAACGAUGAUGUUUGUAAACGUGUUCCUAUCGAAAAGCCACCAUUCGAGUUUAGUGAUCUAAAGAAAGCGAUACCGCCACAUUGUUUCAAGCGAGAUCUCUUACGCUCGUCUUACUACUUAUUUCGUGAUUUGAUCAUAAUUUUUGGUUUAUACUAUUUUGCAGAAUAUUACAUACCUCUUUUGCCUAAACCCCUUGCUUACAUAGCAUGGCCCAUGUACUGGUUCUGUCAAGGAACAAUGUUCAUGGGCCUAUGGACUCUGGCCCAUGAUUUGGGCCAUCAUAGCUUUAGCGAUUAUCAAUGGCUUGAUGACACAAUUGGUUUCCUCAUCCAUUCCUCGUUCCUCACUCCAUACUUUUCUUUCAAAUACAGUCACCGUAGGCACCAUGCCCACGCGGGUUCAAUAGAAUACGACGAGGUUUUUAUCCCCAAACGAAAGGCGGAUUGGUUAUAUUCUGAAUUUCUCAACAAUCCGAUAGGCAACUUAUUCUUCACUUUAGUCAAAGAACUUAUCGGUCUUCCUUUGUACCUUCUCGUUAAUGUUCAUGGAAGGAAAUACGAUAGGUUGUUUGCAAGUCACUUUAACCCGCUCGGUCCUAUUUUCAACGAUAGCGAACGCGGUCAAAUUUGGCUCUCGAUUGGAGGUGUUUUUGUAGUUGCCUAUACACUAUACCAAGCUGCAUUAACCAAUGGUACAAACUGGUUAAUUUGCAUCUAUGGCAUGCCUUAUUUGGUUUUCAACAUUCAUUUCAUGAUGGUCACUUUUCUAAAUCACACUCAUCCUGCCCUUCCUCACUAUGAUUCAAAAUCAUGGGACUGGAUGAGAAGUGCCUUAGCCACAGUUGAUAGAGAUUAUGGAAUCUUAAAUGAUAUCUUCAAAAGUGUCACAAAUGCUCAUGUGAUACAUCAUUUUGUCACAACUAUGCCACAUUAUCACAUGGUAGAAGCCACCAAUGCUAUCAAGCCAAUAUUGGGUGAAUAUUACAAAUAUGAUGAUACCCCAAUCCUUAAGGCUUUUUGGAGAGAAUCCAAGGAAUGCAUCUAUGCCGAACCAGAUGAAGGCGCCGAGGAUAGCGGGGUAUACUGGUACCGGAGGUAGAUAGUCGAUCCACGGAUCGUGACAUGAUCAUGCCUCUUAUGAUUAACCAUCUAUAUAUGCAUUUGGGUUGCUGCAUAUUAUUUUCUAUAUAUGAAUUUUGUAUAAUAAUUAAGCAUAUGACUUGUAUAAUAAGGAUGCAUGGUCGAUCAACAUACAAGCAGUUUGUUAUAGUUGUAUACCCGGAUCGACCCGUUCUGGAAUUUGUCAAGUCCGGAUUUCAUCUAUCUGUCGACCAUGUGUGUGUGUGUGUGCAAAGUCUCUCACUUUCUCCUUUUUUCUUUUUUUGUUUAUAAGAAUAGAGAACACAACUUUAUGUUACCAACA